UCGGAGGCGCAGAGGCCGGCAGGAGCCGGGCAACCGCGCGCCCCUCAUGGCCGGGCUGCCGCUGGGCUGCGAGAGCCGCCGGAGCCUGAGCCCGGGCGCGGAGCCGCCCCGCGCCCGCCUGGCGUUCACCAUUGACGGCAUCUUGAAGCGCAAGUCUCGGGGCGGCGCGGACUCGGCCAGGAGCCCCAGGCUGCGGCGGGACCCGGGCAGAGCCCGCUGCUGCCGGCUGGACCCGGAGGGGCAGGAGGAGGGGCCUUUGGGACAGCAGCCCAGAGCACGCUACAGAAACCCGGGAAAGGAGACGGGCCGGAUGGCAGCGGACGGGGCGGCAGGACGGGGCCUCGGGCCCGGCGGUGAAACAGGGGGAGGAGGCGCGGGCUCCCCGCUGCCCGAGGGCUUGCCCCGCAGCCCCGACGCCUCGCCCCGGGAAGGAGGAGCAGCCGGGGCCCACGGGGGCUGCAGCAAGAAAAGCAGCAAGGUACUGGCGGGGGCCAGCAAGAAGAAGACCCGCACCAUCUUCUCCAAGAGCCAGGUCUUCCAGCUGGAGUCCGCCUUCGGCAGGAAGCGCUACCUGAGCAGCGCCGAGCGAGCCGGCCUGGCCAGCGCCCUGCAGCUCUCCGAGACCCAGGUGAAGAUCUGGUUCCAGAACCGCAGGAAUAAGCUCAAGAGACAAAUGUCUGCGGACCUGGAGGGCCCCGCUCCGGGCCAGGCAGAGCCGCCUGGGGAACUGCUAUCCCAGGGGACGGCAGCUGCGGCUUCGCUCGCCUUCCCCGCCCUGUCCAAAGGCAGCACUUUCCUCCGUCGUUGUUUGCUGCCGCUGUCCUUCCCCCUGCUCUAUCCGGGCAGCGCCGCCCCUUACCUGUGUUUCCCAAAUCCGGGCAAAUAUUUCAGCCUUGUGGAUGGGGAUGUAUAACCUCCCGUCCUCCUGCGCCCCCCCGCACCUGCAGCCGAACGGCCUUGUUCCAGUUAUAGGUCUGCAUCUUCUGCCAGUGUUAUCUAUAUGCACAGCAUGUCCGUAGGAUCCCUUCACCCCGCUCUCUGGUGUGUCUUCCUGCAUUUGUUUCAACCCGUAACUUAUUACAAAGACGCGACAAAAACAAAGUCCCGGGCAAAGCUACUGCUUUUAACCAGGGAUCCAUUUAACUUGGAACUCGGCACUCUCCCCGUAGGCACCUUUCUCACACACUGUGCAUCUGCGAAGGGGGUGGAGACCCACCUUGCUCUGUCAACACUUCAUAAAAGAGAAACGCUGUCCUUCAAAUGUUACCCAAAGAUAGACAAACACUCACCAAACUAUACCAAUAAAAAUAUAAAUCCAAGCAACAAUUAGCUGUGUUUGAUCACACGCUGGCUUUCUCUUUCAGUUGAAAGGAUAAUGUGUCUCUAAAAUAUUGUCAACGCUUAAAGGGUAUUUUUACAAAGGUCUUUUUUACAAUUCCAAUUUUUCUUGUUAGUAGAGAUACAGUUGUUGAGAACCAAAGAAAAUGGGACAUGAAUUCUGGAGGCCAUUCAUUUGCUAUAUAUCUAUACCUAUCUAUAUCCAUAUGUCUCAGUAGCAGAUGCUAUGUCCUGUAUCACACUGAAUCUCUCUCUCAUGUGUUUGAGGCUGUGAGUACAAUAAUCUCUGAGCCCGCCUGUACUAAAGUAUUAGGCCUGGUUAAUACCUGAGAAUUCUACGACUGUACAUUCUCGAAAGCUAGGUAUUUCCUGACACUAUUAAGUUGUUGACAUUUUGACUAAAAUCUGGUUCUUGGGGUUUUAAACUGGCUCUUCCAGCGUCUCCAAGAAAAAUCAAGCUCCCUGUCACAUUUUUUGUAUUAAGCCCUCAGAAAUGUGGGACAUUUUUAUCUGCUAUACUAGAAUAAUGAAACAAUAUUUUUUAUAGAUUUCUAAACCGAAUUCUCAUAUAUUGGUCUCAAGCUUCUACAAUAUACAAGGGUGGAAAAUAAAUCUUUUCUGUCAGAAACAUAAACUGCAUGCCUCUUCAAUACAGUUAAUGUUAAGCACUGUAAAAAUAAUAGUUCUUAGCACAUGUCUGAUAGGUUUUUUUAAAUAAAGGUUUGAGGAAAUAAGUUUGUGGUAUUAUUAAAAUUCACUUUUUCCUCUGCACUAAAUGCCAUCAGUGAUUCAGGACUUUGUCCUUUAUAAAGACUGUAUGAUUUGAUAAUUGAACUUUUAAAUAAAAUUAUUGGGGAAAUUAGAAGGCAACUGUGAUUAGAUCUAUAUUUUAGUUACGACCCUCAGCCAGGCAAAGACCUGAAAUAUGUGCUCAAUUAUGGCAAAUAGAGCACGGAAAGGAAAAUGUUUAAAACCCAGAAAAACAAUUUUCCAAACCUGUUGAAAUGAACAUUCAAAGAUAAGAGGGAAACAGCUGGGUGAAAUUGACAAGUGCAUCGUGAUGGUGCGGCUGUUGACAAAUGAAGUGCAGGAGAAAACUUUUUUUGUUUGUUUUUGUUUGUUUGUUUGUUUUUUGUUUUUAAGCAAAGCGCCGUCUUUUCUUCCUUUUUCUCUUGACUCCUCUCCGGUCGGUUAGUAAAUGCAGGAGAUAAGUGUCUGCGCAAUUACGUGCACCAGCCCGAGUGUGAAAUGUAUGCAGUGGUUUGUGAUGAAAGAACUUGACGCAAGAAA